GGGGAGGUGCACCACACGGUGCAGGGAGCAGCGGUGGGCGCCUACUGAGUAUGCUCGGUGCCGCGGUUGGACACGCCCACUUCCUCACGGCAGUGGGGGGAGGGUUCGCAGACGAGGAAGUGGCCGGUUUCGCGGGCCGGUGUGUGAGGACUGGGGUGCAUGGUUUCCGCCACCCCGCGCACCAGCAUUUCUUCUGGAGCCUCUAAGAACACCAGGGACUGUAGACUCCACCUUUAGCCUCUUCCUCACAAAAUUCCCAAAGCCCCUGGAGCUGGAUCCUCUGACUGGGCCUGAGCAGGGCCUAUGUACCUCCAUCCGCUCCAGGAGUUUGUGCUGUCAGAGGUGACAUCUCCACCAAAGGGCAGUUUGGAGUAUCACACCCCGUAGGAGUGGGAAAUUGUUGAAGAUUUCUGCGGCAGACUUGCACAGAAACCACAGACAAAUUUUCCUGCUCCAGGUGUUUUCUGGAUAAUGGCGAAGAUGGUGAGAAGAACCUGUGCAUUUUGUUCAGAAGGGGAGGCUGGUUCUGUAAUGUAUAUUGCCAAAGAGCGAAAUGUUGCAGCUCAUCAGGAUUGUCUGUUAUUUUCCUCAGGGUUUGUGGAAUCUGAAGAGUAUAACCCAAAUAAUCUGGAUCUAAGGUUUGAUGUGGCAUCAGUAUUGAAAGAACUUAAGAGAGGAAAGCGGCUGGUGUGCAACUUCUGUCGCAAGAAAGGAGCCACUGUGGGAUGCGAGGAAAGAGCCUGUCGCAGGAGUUAUCACUACUUCUGUGCGCUCUGCGAUGAUGCAACAAUAGAAACAGAUGAAGUAAAUGGAGUCUACCGAGUGUUCUGCCCAAAACAUGACCCAGGCAAUAGGACCAAUCGCUAUGGUGCAGCUAGUAAAAGGAGAAGACAUGCAUUGAAGUCUUCCACCAUCACGGAACAAAUGAGCACAGAAGAGACAACAGAAGAAGAGAGUUUACGAAUACUAGAAAGAAAAAACAACAGGCAUAAAGUCCGAAUAGACUUUGUUAGAAAAUGCAAGCAGGCUGGGCUUCUGGAUGACAUAUUUGAAGAGAUGCUGGACACACUUCACCUGGCGCAGGAAAAACUGAUGGAUGACAACACUUCAGAAACAGAGUAUGAAGAGACAGUGAUGUCACUCUUCGACUGUGGACUGUUUGAAAAUAUACUCACAAAUAUUCAUUCAGGAACAGAGGAAAAAAUCCGGGAGCUUCUGGAAAGCACAAAAAGACUGGAUAACAAGAUUGAGCUACUGCAGGAAUUAAAAGAAGUUGUCCUUCCUCCCCAGGAGAACACUGCUAGUACAUCUAGUACCAUGUCUGAAUAACCCCUAAGUCUGUCCGUAAUGGUGUUGGUAUUUAGGAUUUUCUGAUGAUAUGAACUAUAGAGCACAUCUGUCAGUGUCUAAGUAAUUCCCCUUUCUUCCCCCAAGAUAGGGACACAAGGCGGAACUGCGUGUUUUCCGUUUUUAUACUUCACUGUUGCAAUAAUUUUAAGUUGUCCCUUUCUUUAAAUUUUACCAUAACAAUAAGUGUUAUACACCAAAUUUUAGCUUUUUUUAAAGCUUGACAAAACCCUCCAAUGAAGACACUUUUCUCAAAGACAAGGGAACAUCAGCUGCCACAGCAUGCUGGUUAAAGUCACUUUGACUGUGGGUGGUAGCUGCUUCCCUCUCUGCAUCUAGACAAUGAUGUUGGAUGGAUCAUGUUGCUACUUUGGCUUUCCAAAGAAGAUAAAUCAGCAGAACUUGCACUCAAAGAAGUCUUCUGAAUUGUAACCAAGAGUUUUUUAUAAUUAAAUGAUUCUUGAUUGCUUAAUGUAUAAUGAGCUCUGCUGUAGUGGCAGUGAAACACUGUUUGCAGGCAGACCAGAAAUGGUUGGGCGUCAUACUCUAAACAACAUGUACAAUGGAAAAGGGAUCAAACAAUGGACUGUGUCUUCCUUUCACCAUUAAGAAAGGAUAACACUUCUGUAUGUUUUUGUCUUAAAAAACGUUUAAAUACAGAAAAGCAUUGUUUAGCUACAAAAGGUUAAGUUAACAAAAUAAAAUGUUUUUCAGAAA